AUGGAUAAAAUAUUAUUUCAAGCAUUAUUUAAUAAUAUUGUAUUGAAAGAGUUGAUAUUUAAUCAAGUUAAGAUCAUAUCUAAAUGGAAUGAUCUCAAAUCUUAUAAAUGGGAUGAAGUUGUAAAACAACCUGAAAUCUUGGCAUACAAUGGCUAUUUCGAUUUAUUAAAGGCCUAUCUAAAUGAUCCCAGUACUCCUGUGCCUCCAAGGAGUGCACAGAUUUUCAGUAUGGAUUCUUCGGUUUGUGUUGGAGCAAUCAGAGGUGGCAGCUUAGAGAUGUUUCAAUAUCUUUUGGACUAUUAUGAGAUCGAUCGAAGACUUAAAGUAGUAUCGGAGCAAGGUAUUAUCAAUGACUUGUUGUCGUGUGCUUCAGAGUAUGAUAUCUACUGGACAGAUUCCAAUCGUUUAGAUCGCGAUUCAGCAUCACCAAUGCAAUGGCAUCCGCACCAUUAUCCGGAGAUUUGGAGUUACUGA